AUGCAAAUAAAGAAAACAAAAUUCGAUCUUUCAACUGCCGCAUAUCCGGCCGCCGGAUAUCUGGCUAUUAGGCUUCGAUUCUUGCCGAAUAUUCGGGAUCCGGUCUUGGGAAGCAUUUUGUUGGUGGUGUAUGGAAUACAAACACUUUGGACAUCAUACUCCAAGCAUAGACAAACCAUUAUAUUUUUCAUAGUAUUAAUGUUAACAACCAAUUGUUUAAGGACUAUAAUUAGAAACAGAGACUGGAGAUCCAGGGAAUCCCUGCUAAGGGCUGGUUUAGCAGCGUUGCCCCACAAUGCCAAGAUGCACUACAACUAUGCAAAUUUUCUGCGCGACUCUGCGAUGCCGGAGUUGGCAAAGUCUCAUUAUCACAAGGCUUUGAACCUAGGGCCACUACCUGUGCAGCGCAAUGCAACACAAUCUCCUGAACACAAGAAGACGAAUCCAGAAUACUACCUAGGUGAAUUCAAUGUACGAAGAAACCAAAGGGAAGGAAGUGUUUUGCAGGAACAAAAGAUAAGUAAGGUCCGGAUUUUUAGGUCAUAA